UUUGUUGAAGCAAGCCUUUUAUUUCAGAUUUACCUUUCUAUUUCGAUAGGCAACUGAUUAUCGCAUUCUGAAUUUUAGUGCCAUGAGGUUAGAACAUCGCUACCCAGCGCUAAGCGGUCUUAAUUGUAUCGGUAAUCGGGAACAUAUGGGGAAGUCCUUUCUUUUUUGCAAUAGCCCAUUUAUAGGAAACGUCCGCGCUUGUGAAGUAAUGAUUUUUGACGGCUUUCUUUUUCACAUUGAUUUAUGCUUUCUUGUUUAUGAGUGAGUAACAAGAGUAAGUUAUGACAUCCUUUGCCUGCAGGACACCAACACUUGUGCCAAGUGAUUUCGUGCUGGAAACGGGAAGAGUCGUCCCCAACUCUCCCAACCUCGAGAACAGCCACGAUGACGUCACCAGUCGUCAAGCGGUGGCCGUACACGAUCUCUUCAAAAGUGGGCCUCAUAGACACCCAUUGUCAUUUGGACUUUCUUUUUCGGAGAACGGCCCACCACAGUUCCUACGCCCAAUUCAGGACGAGAAAUUCGGAAACAUUCCCCACGUGCUAUGAAGGUUGCGUCGCCGUCUUUUGCGACCCCGCCACAUUCAAGAAGCGCCACGUGUGGGAGGGACUCCUGUCCGAGGACGGUGUCUGGGCCGCUUUCGGUUGCCACCCACACAUGGCCCGGCAGUACGAUGAAGACAUCGACGACGACCUCAUCGCGGCCCUGGAGCAGCCAAGCGUCGUGGCACUCGGCGAAAUUGGGCUUGAUUAUUCCAGCAAGAACAAUUGCGACCGGGCUCUACAGCAGCGCGUGUUUCGGCACCAGCUGAAACUGGGGAGGAAUGGGCGGCUGCCCAUUGUUAUUCAUUCAAGGGACUCCUCGAUGGAUACGCUGAGAAUCCUCAAGGAGUUGUGGAUGGACACAUUCCCCAAACUGUGCCUCGGGCUUACUCCGCUGGUGGGAUUCCCGAACGCGGGUCCGGUUGCUGAGGUCGGCCGCAAGAUUCCUCUGGACCGGCUGCUGCUGGAGACGGACGCACCGUACUUCCUCCCGAAAAGCGUACGUGUCAACCUCUUGAUCAGCUCCUAUGGUUGA